UCACUGAGUAUCAGCAUCGCGGUGGGAACACAGCAUCCUUCGUCUCUCUCCUCCACCCUUCCUUCUCUCUGGGAAAGAAAAAAAACGAGGCUGCUUUUGAAUUAUUGAAGCCAUACACUGUCCUGUGCAUUAUUCAAGACAAGCAAAAGCGAGAUAUAGCGGGAGAUACCUCGACACCAGGAGACCGAGUUGCCGUUAAGCGUGAGGCCGAGAGACCGUUUCAGCACCUCGGACAGCGACCAUGGCUCCAGCGGUGGCGGACGGGGCGCAGCUCGUGGAAGUGCCAGUGAGUGUUGCCGUGGUGAGUGUGUUCGGCCUUGUGUUCAGUGUGUCAGCCUUUGCCUGGAUCUGCUGUCAGCGUAAGAACACCAAAUCCCAGAAGACACCUCCCUACAAGUUUGUGCACAUGCUCAAAGGUGUCGACAUCUACCCCGAGAGCCUCAGUGGCAAGAAGAAAUUUGCUGCCGCUGUCGGCACUCCAUCUAAUGAAACCAGUAAGACUGAUGUGAAUGGAAACUGCCACACUGCCUCGGUGGUUACCCCUAAUGGCACCGUUAAGCUGGCCUCCAGUCCAAAUGGUUCCAGACCGGCUUUGCAUCUGGAUCUGGAGAAAAGGGAUCUGAAUGGCAACUUUACCACCAAACCCUCACACCACCACCACCAGAAGGUCCGCAGCUCCCCAGACCUGGAGCUGCCCUCUCCCAAUGCUGGCUUCACCCAACCUGGGGCAAUGGACCGCCGUGACCUUCCAUCCCCCUCCAGCUCUCUCUCCAGCCAGGCCCCCACCCCGGCUGUAGACAAACCCCAGAGAGAGGAACGUGAGGGUGGGCUUGGGACACUCCACUUUUCCCUGGAGUACCAGCCGGAAAGAAAGGCAUUCGUCGUCCAUAUCAAGGAAGCACACGGCCUGAGCCCGACUGACGAGCAGUCACUGACCUCUGACCCCUACAUCAAGCUGACCCUACUGCCGGAGAAGAAGCACAGGGUUAAGACCAGAGUCCUAAGGAAGACUCUGGACCCUGCCUUCGACGAGACCUUCAGCUUCUACGGGAUCCCACUGGCCAGAGUGUCAGAGCUGGCGCUUCACUUCAUGGUGCUGAGCUUUGAUAGGUUCUCCCGCGAUGAGGUCAUUGGGGAGACCCUCGUCCCAUUGGCUGGAAUCGACCUGUCAGAGGGGCGUGUCCUGAUGAGCCGAGAGAUCAUCAAGAGGAAUGUCAAGAAGUCAGCAGGCCGAGGUGAGCUCCUUCUGUCCCUGUGCUACCAGUCCACCACCAACACUCUGACUGUGGUCGUCCUCAAGGCUCGCCACCUGCCGAAGACCGACAACAACGGACCUACAGAUCCAUAUGUCAAGGUGAACCUGUAUCAGGGGAAGAAGCGCGUGUGUAAGAAGAAGACCCACGUGAAGAAGUGCUCCCCCAACCCGGUGUUCAACGAGCUCUUUGUCUUCGACCUGCCCUCCGACGAGGGCCUGCGGGACACCAGUGUGGAGCUGCUGCUGAUGGACUCAUGUGAGAGGGGCGACUCGCGCUGCACCAAGCCCGUCCUCGGACGCCUGGUCCUGGGCACAUCGGCGGCAGGGACCCCUGGCGAACACUGGAGGGAGAUCUGCGACCACCCGCGCCGCCAGAUCGCCAAGUGGCACGCCAUGUCAGAGGAAUAGGACGGUUGUCGUCGUAUCCUGUUGUCCAAUCACAAUGGGGAUAUUAUGAGGAUGGGCGGGAUUUAGCGUCCGGCUAGCCAGUGCCCAUUGGA